UACUUUCACUCUUUUCGAUCAAAAUUCACGGGUUGUGUUUUCCGGACUUUCCAAAAGCGCGGAAUUGCCGAUACAAAUAAACUGACCCAUUUUUUAGCCGGGUAGCCACUCGUGUGAUGAAAGUGAACUUGGAAUUAUUUGCAAAAAAUACGGAGAUUCAAGGAUCUGAGCUGAAUUUGAUUUAGAGUGAUAGUUUUAAUUAUCACACGUUGUAUUAGUGCAGGCAGGCACCAGCUAGCAGAGAAUAUCUGAUUUGCUCUCUACUGAGCGAUGAAGAACGAAAAUGAACAUAAGAAAAAAAGACGACGCGAGUCGGAUGACGAUAAUACAAAGCUGGAGGGACGGACGGCCGCAGGGCCUUCGGUGUCGCCGAAAAAAUCCAAGACCGAAGAGCCUCAGGUUAAGCGUGCAGAGGAUGGUAGCCCGGAUGAAAAAAAGGAUGUUGAAGAAUGCCUUCAAAGUGCUCAAAAGGACAAGAAUGAGGACAAAGAUUUGAAAUGUGCUUCUCAAGAUCGUCAUCAGGAACAACCAGUAACAAGUGAUCAGCCGCAACGUAAGAGAAAAAGGCGCGUACGAGUGAAAAAGGUUCGCGAGGAUCUCAAACAACAGAUGGAGUUCUACUUUUGUGACGCUAAUUUAAGGAAAGACCGCUUCAUGACAGAGCUGGUCUCCAAAGCUAAGGAUGGGUGGGUGGAAGUGUCGACAUUUCUGAAGUUCAACAAGAUAAAAACACUUCUGGAGGAGAAAGGACUAGAAAUCGGAGAAGUAAUCAAAGCAGUUAAUGGAUCGGAACUACUCGAGGUAUCCGAUGAUUUCAAGAGCAUACGGCGUGACUUCGUUACGCACCCUAUCAAGACAAAGAGUCAGCAAAUGGUCAAUGAUUGCACGAUUUACGUUCAGGGUCUUCCGCAGAUAGCAUCUGUCGACUGGCUUCGAGAAGUGUUCUCCGAAUUCGGUUACGUUGAGUAUGUGUCAUUACCCCGUGCACCAAAUGGUCGUCACAAAGGAUUUGGAUUUGUGGAGUUUGCCGAGGUGAUAGGAGCGGAAAAUGCCUGCAAAUUCUACAAUCUUCGAGGCGGAUGCAGCCCUGGGUCCGAAGCGGAAUGCGCAGGUACUAGUGGCAGUAACUGGAGUCACGCUGGUGGUUAUGGAGGAUCAUUCAGCAACAACGUUAACAAUAAUCACACUAAUAUGAGUAACAACGGCAACUCACAACACUUAGCUCACAGGGCUAAUCUUCAAGUGCUCUCAAAAAAGGAGUGGCUCCGCUAUAAGAACAAAUACCUGAAGCUGAAAAAGCAAAGCGCAAAAAAUGCAAAAAGGUAUCUAGGCAUUGGGAAAAAUCAUCAUAGUUUGCUCUCGGCUGAUGCUCAUAGCGGCCCGGCUGACGAAGCAGUUCACGAGCCGCAUCAGGAGCGCCGAAGCAAUUCUGAAGGCAAACGAAGUGGAGACCAGGACGGUCCACACGUUAGUAAGAGAGCAAGGACAGUAGACGAGAGCGACAAGAAUUCUGAGGAUGACGCUAGGAGAACAGUAAAUGGUGACCUAGCUAAACAACCAAUCGCUCGGAAAGCGGUUGCGAAGCUGCAUCUGCAAUCGACAGAAGUCGAAGGGGCGCUCGGGACGGUCAACCGGCGCGUCAAAGGGUGUAUCGUAAAGAUAAAAGCAAACAAAGGACUUCUCAAAGCUGAUAAGGCCUUGAUGCGCGUAUUACCCGGUGUCGCCUAUGUGGACAUGAUCGAAAACGACCCAGUCGCCUUUAUCCGUUUUAAUAGUCCUGAGGAGGCAGUGGCUUUUAGCAUAUCGUACGGCAAUCAACAGAGCUGCAAAGAUGGCAAAACAGCCGACCAGCCCGGAUCAACGGCUGCUGAGAAGGAUGCAAUUCAAAAUUUCACUAUCGCGCAAUGCACGGUCCUCGACGGACAGGAAGAGGAAAGUUACUGGCAAACAGUCGAAAUGAUGCAACAACGAAAGAAGCGAUCAAACCGAACAAAAACUAAAGAUGGCGCCAACGUGAACAGUUCUGAGAAGGAUGCACCUCGUAAGAAUAAUCGACGACCGCGAGGUCGGCAGAGAUUGAAUGAGAAGUAUAAAAAGUAUAUUAAUCAGGCCGAGAGAAAAAUUGAAAUUCGAAUGAACAAGCGAAUUGUAUUUGAUAACUAGGUACACCUUAUAGAUAUGGACAGAGAUAUAGAAAAUAGAUAGCAUGCGUUUACAAUCUGUUGAGCUUGCUAGGUUUGUUUGAUAGGUGAAUAGAUGGCGCGAGUCGUUUUUUGUUUUCCCUACAGCAUUUAGAAUGGACGAAGUUGAUAAAAUACAUCGAGAGCUAUCCCUUUUUUAUUAGAACGUUACGCUUCUAACCUUUGAACUCUGAUUCGAUUCGCUGGAAGAAAUGUUGAUUGGCAAUCGAUUAUAAUAAAUUUUUGCAAAGUGGGCUACAGUUUACAGUAGUGGUGAUGCUCGUGGUGUUACUACUGCUGCAAAGAAGCCCAGUUCGAAAAUAUUAACGGAACAGUAUCUCUAGCAGAAUGUUGCAGAGACAGACAAGCAAAAUACUGCUGACUCUGCUUUCGUCUUCGUUUAAUUCAGUUUGUUUUCUUACUUUGUACACAGAGAGAUAGGAAGUAUUAUGCAGUGUACUGUUUCUUGUAAAUCCAUUACCUAUCGUCGCCUCUAGGUACUGCGCAAACCCGUAUGUCGUUAUAGUUAAGAAUUAAAUUGCAUACAUUUAAUACCGUAUAUUGCAGGAACGUCAGUCUACUUAUGGAAUCGAAUAUUAUUAUGUGCAUUUGCUAUACAUGUAUUGUCGUGACUAUUAAAGUUACGUCUAGUUAAUUUUGGAUAUGAUUUUUGGAACAUCCGUGUUGAUGAAAUACACGUCUAUUUUUUCUUAUUUGGCUAGUUGUAGGGGGCCUAACAAAAAAAUUGUUCCCUUGCCAUGGAAAUUUCUCCUGACUUUUGCUUGAGCCAGAUUUGAUGGCCGAUACAAGAUCGACUCCCCAGUGCACGUAGAUAGGAAAGUUGCGCUUUUGUAGAUGUCUUUUGACUUCAAAUAGAUUUCUCACCCAACAUGGAUUGUACAGUCAAUUGAACAUUGAUGUAUACAUGUAUAAUAAAUAGUAAAAAUUAUCGUUAUUUGCUUCCAUACUCGUUUGUGUUUUCAAUACACUCUAAAUCUUUGUUCACAUGCUUACAUUUUUUCCGACUUUUCAGGCUGAUAGGGAUAACAUUUCGAUGAAAGUCGGCGGAGAU